UAUGCAAAAUGAAUUAUUAAAUCCCUAAUCAAAGAUUGCUUAAUCGUGGAUGACGUGGAGAUUACAAGCUAACCGUGACAAGGAACGAAGUUCUUGAAAGUUGAGAUAGUUAAGAGUUCUGGGCGUUUUGCCAUGGACAAUUGUUGGCCACCGAAACCCAAUAAUCUAGAACCUUCGACCUCAUGUGAACAUAAUCUGUACUUCCGCUGGAUAUCUUGUGAGAAAAACAGCAGAAGCUUCAAUGAGAAACUGCUCUUAAUUUAAAGAAUCGCCGGUACCUUUCCAAAAGAGCCAAACCGGGUUCUCUCAUUCCCUGUUUAGCUUCCGUAUAGACGACGUGGCAUGCCUUGUUUGUUGCGAGGAGUUCAGUCCUCGGGAAACGGAAAAGCUCUAUUCAUAUCAGUAAGUAUCUUUCAGGGCAACUCAACUUGAAUCUCUAUUAAGGAUGAUGGAAUUAGAAGCGGAGCUCCUGGUCAAACUGUUAUUUAUUUUUGGAUUAUUGUUCUUACUUUGGGUAUGGUCCUUCUGGAAAGAUGUACAAGACAACAAUGAAUUUUAUCCAGAUGGCCUUGAGCAAUGUCCUCAAGAGACGUACACGAUUCUUGAAAAUGACAGUAGCAACAGUAGCAGGAUCAGGUGCUUAUCCUGCCCUGUAUGUCCACCAGGGGAGGAACCAUCACCACCAUGUGGUAUAACAUUGGUCAGAAGGGCAGCUGGUGAGUGUACUUCGUGCAGUCCAGGAACGUAUUCAGAUGAGACUGACAGUACUGCCUGCAAGGUAUGCUCUGAUUGUGGCUCCAGGAAGAUUAUCAACUCCUGUACUGCACAGAAAGACACAGAAUGCAAGGACUGCCCAUGGAGGCACUACGAAGACGAUAAUACACACACUUGCAAGCAUUGUUCCUCCUGCUGUGGUAAAAAUUAUUCCGCUAAAUUGGAAUGUUUCAAAUCACAAAAGUGCAAGGGUAACUGCACCAGGACAACAAACAUUAUGAAAAAACAUUUUAGCACUUUUUUCAACAGGCUGGUUGCAAAACAUAUGAAUGAUCCCUACAACACUACUUCUAUUUCAAAUGGUAGCAGCCUACGUAAAGAGGGUGAGGAAAAUUCAAAGUUACUUGAAAGCGUUCUAAAUUACAAACAAGAAGACCUUACUCAUUCGGAGACUAAACGCGACAUCAGUGAUAAAGUUGCUGCACAAGAGGAGUACAAGGAGAGCACCAACAGCCAAAGUAACUUUGAGCUUCUCGAGACACCUGAGAUUAAUAAAUACGUUCAAGAGGAGGCUGAUAUUCUGGGAAAGAAGCAAGAGCCUUCACCUACGAAAAACAGUGUUGAACUCACUAACAUCCUGGCUAAUGAGGAUAGAGAGCAGACUGCUCCUCAAACAUUUCCAGACAAGGAUUUCAACUCCUUUCAGCCAACCGUAUCUUCCCCAACUACAACAAAAAGUGAAUUAGGACAACUGACAUCACAAAGCCCAAAGACUCUUACAUCAGCAGCUCAAACUCAAUUAAUAAUGCCAGGUUCCUUUCUAAGCAGCUUUGUUGGAACUAUUGCUGCAGUCCUUCUGCUUGGUCUGAUAGGACUAUUAAUAUACCUUGUAUACAAGAAGUGUUUUAACAAAAUGCGCAAGGGUUACAAGAAGUUAAGCAGCACAUCAAAGCUUGAAGAAGAUGAUUCAUGUGAUGAGUUAUUAGACAAAGAAGGCAGGAAUGAACUCAGUCAGGAUGAAACUGCUGCUGCCACAGUAUUAGAAGAUCUCAACUUAUCACAAAUACCUCCAGACCUAGAGGACAUAUUGGUAAUGAAACUGGAUGUGCCUCAUGGAGCUGAAAGCCAGCAGUUUGGUUGGCAGAAAGUAGGCAACGCCGCCGGAAUUUCAAGAUGUGAACUUAAAUAUUAUGAACACUUGGGCGGAAAAAAUCGAAGCCCUACGAAGUUAUUGCUGGAGAAAUUAGGAAGCCAAGGGAGAACAAUUUCGUACCUCAUUGAUGUUCUCCAGAAACCUAGAGUAGAACUUGGUAAUGUUGCUAAAACAAUACGACACCGUGUUUCAAGAAUUUAAAGGAGCUAAGUCACGGUGUACGCAUUUUGAAAGGCCUAAAUGUUUCAAGUUCGUGGAUUGUAAUCCGUGUUAAUCUUCUGCAUCCUUAAGCAUACUUGAUCCUUCAUAGUUUAUUAAUGUGUCUCUGGUGUUUUUCUCUAUCAUAGUAAACUACUAUUUUCAGGUUUUCUCCAAUUCUAAGCUAAUUUUCUACGUGGCCAAACUAACUCAAAAUGCCUCAACUAGGCUCCUUAAAUAGCUUAGUUUUUUUUAUAAUUCUGUUUGUUUCGUCUCUUGGUCAAAUACGAAAAAUCGGCUCCUACCUCCAUCAUUUUCCUUGGUAAUUCCCUGUGAUUACAGCAGCAAUUCAGCAAAGUAAUAAUGUUGACACUAGUCUAAUGAAAUAACGAAGGAGUAGCUACAUUUAGAAAUGGGAAAUUUAACUGAUGAUUAGUUUUUGAUAAUGGUACUGGUACAUCAUGAAAAAGCAAGAUACUGAUCUAGUCUAACAGCUGUAAAAUUUUAUAUUAAAUUUGUACGCUUGCUUUUUUCGUCAAUUACCAAAAAUGUAAUAUAUGUCAACAGUAAUUAUUGAGAAUAACUUCGGUGUACUGUGUUCUGGUAUAGUGUUCAUCAGGCAUUCAGUAAUUUUUAAACAGAUACAAAGUUUCAAACUUGCCUGUUUUGAUACAAAUCCAAUCUCUAGCUGUUAACUGUAAAAUAUAAAAUUCCCAUUAAGAGUUCUACUCUUCCAACUUUAUCUUGGUGAUCAAUAAAUUUGUUUGUAAUUGCUGGUGUUUGGACUUUGUGGUUAACAGCAUUUCACAUGGCCGGUGGACGUUUAGGUUACGUCUUCUGCUAGCUAUACCAGCUGCACCAAAGGUGUGUCCCGUCUGUUGGAACCCUAAUCAUACGAGAUCCUUCUAAGACAGUAAGAUGUUCAUUUUGUACACUUGUUAUGAGAAAGGCUUCCUUCUAAAGGAAGCUUGAAAUAAUGAAAACAAACGACCUGCCUUAAGCGACCACACAAUGGGCAAGCGACGAUAUUUCGUGUCCAUGAUCAGAACUCCAUGCCUUAUAAGUUCCAAACUCAGAACAUGGGCUCUUGUGCUCGGAUGCUUCCUUCAGCUAGC